AACUUAGAAUUACAAUCCCUAAACUGCCCUCUAAUCCAUCCGAUAUAAUCAUUUGAACCACCGCUCCAUGAACUACCUCUGUCAGUACCUGCCUCUCACCAUCCGCCGGUAAACUUUUCGUUGGUCAUGGCCGAGGCACAGGGUUUUUCUAAGCGGCGCGCUAGCGUAAUUCAGAAGAAAAGCAGUAUUUCCUGUCUCCGCGUAGGAAAACUUUACUGAAUUGCUGUUCAAUUUUAUCAUUUCUACAGUCUAGCAAGUCAAGAGAAAAACUAGGGUUUGUUCAUGAAAUGCUGCAUAGCCAGCUUAAUGUAUUCUGAAUGAAGAACAACCUUCUCUUCCACGGAGAUUUUUCUGUAGCCCUAACAGCCACAGUCAUUUGCUGCCUCUUUACAGUCGUUCUGUUCACCUUCCGAUCAAAAUCGAGAAAGCAUUUCAAAUCAGAUUCCAGGUCCUCCGGCUGUUUUUGUUACUGCAAAGCGAACGUCGUCGGUGAAAGGACAACGUAUUUGACGGACGGAGAGGGUUGCAGUUCUGGUGGUAGUGGUGGGAAAGAGAUGGUCGAGCGCGGGCCUAUGGCAGUGGCUUCUACGGAGAGGCUUAGCGGUGCGUCAAUGAUGGAACAGUUGGUUCCAGAAAUUACUACUCAUGCGCUCAGCUAUUUGGAUUAUCCCAGUCUUUGUAGACUGUCUAUGACUAAUUCGCUAAUGCGGAAAGCUGCAAAUGAUGAUAAUGCGUGGAAGGCUUUGUAUCAUAAGGAUUUUACUUUGGAACAGGAUAAUGUGACACCAGUGAAUGGAUGGAAAGCAUACUAUGCAUCUACAAGAGCCAUUGUGAACACUAACGCUGAGUUUUUUGAGAUCAUCAAGGAAAAAUCUCUCCCUGCAAUGGGUCGUUUUUGGCUGAAGGCUGAUUAUGUGAAGUGUUUUCUUGCCAAUGGAGAGUCCUGUACCGGUUACAGUUCAGUAAUAGAAAGCUGGCAGCUAGCUUUUAGCUGGGAUGAAAGCACGGAUUUCCAGAUUCGGGAUGUGAGGGCCAGGGUACUCUCAGAUUCUGCUUGGGUCACCAUGAAAGCAUAUCUUCAACAAGAUGCAAGGCCAUUUCAUGUGACUAACAUGUUUGAAUUCCACAAGGGGAGGUGGUACAUGGUUCAUCAUCACUGUUCAAUAGUGCUUCUCCAUGGAGGAGGUCCAGGGCAACAACAAAUUGUGCAUGGAUAAUAUGAUGAUCAUAGAGGUAAAGAUGAUAGAAGAUGCUGGUUUAUUGUUAUAAAGCUAGAAAAAAUUUUGUAUAGAUUUUGCCCAUAUUAGGAGAAUGGACAGUACUUUGGAGUAUCUCCUCUCCUUAAUUUCCAUUGUAUUUACAUUUCCAUUGCACUAGGUUUUGGUGGAGGAGAAGGGUCAAGUUUCUUGCCACCUAAUUUUCCCGCACCUAAGGCUACAAUCUUGCUCAUAUUUUUUAUACGUGCAUAUGAGAUGAGUUGGGUUCUUUCUUUCUUUA